AUGGAAAGCGGGCUUCCCAUGCUCAACUGUAUGUUACAGCACACACUGAGAAGCUUAUGUUCAUCAGAUUCUUCUUCUUCUUCCAAUUCUUCAAAGUGGGUUUACGCCGUGUUCUGGAGAAUCUUGCCCCGGAACUAUCCUCCUCCCAAGUGGGAUUAUGGAGGUAGUGUUCUUGAUCGCUCCAAAGGAAACAAAAGGAACUGGAUGCUUGUUUGGGAGGAUGGGUUCUGUGAUUUCUAUGAAUGUGAGCAAGCAGGAAGUGGCUACUUAAAGGGGAGGUUUGGAGCUGAUAUCUUCUUCAAAAUGUCCCAUGAGGUUUAUAAUUUUGGUGAAGGUUUACUGGGGAAAGUAGCAUUAGACAAUAGUCACAAAUGGGUGUUCAAAGAUGCACCAAAUCAAGUUGACAAUCCCAACUUCAUUUCCUCUUGGAAUGUCUCCACUGAACCUCAACCAAAGGCAUGGGAGUUUCAAUUCAAUUCAGGCAUUCAGACUAUUGGCAUCAUUUCUGUUAGAGAAGGCAUAAUUCAGCUUGGCUCCUUUGCUAAGAUAGCUGAAGAUCUCAAUCUGGUGAUCAGCAUACAGAGGAAAUUUAGCUACCUGCAAAGCAUACCAGGUGUGUUCGCCAUGCAAAGGCCUUACCUACCUAUCCAGCAUCCCUACAUCCUCAAACCAAGUAAUGCGCAGAAUAUGAUUAUGAAUGAAAGCGCUACUACUACAACUGCUACUAGUAUUGGUGCUGGGGUUAAGAGACUGUUCAACCACACACCCCGGGAUGAUCAAAUGAUCAAGUCCAUUAACUUGGGCUGGAACACACCACAAAAUGGAAUAGGACUAGGACUCCGAGGAUCAUCAUCCAUUUCAGUACCUGAUCCUAAUUGGUCGACUCCAUUUCCACCGCCUCUACUACCCUCCAUUUCAUGCAGCCUUGGAGCUCUUCUCUCAAAGCUGCCUUCAGUUUCACCUUCACCUUAUAUUCAUGAUGCCAUUCAUGAAGCUCCCAAUACUACUACAGCUAUGCUCAUGAACAACAACAACAACAACAACAGUAACAGCAACCACAAUGAGAAUUGUUCCGAAAACAAGAUACUAAAGGUUAGUGGUGGCAUUAUUAAGAUAGAGUCGUCGUCGUCAUCAUUCUGUCAUUUAGAUUUAGCUCAAGAAGAAAAGAACAGUUUCAAAGACCCUAAUAAUCUUGGUUUGGAAAAAGGACAGACUUAA